ACAACACAGAACAGCGUAAUAAUGGCAGCCAUGGACAGCAGCACGUCGCCGGGAUCCCAGCGCCGCCGCCGGUCGCCUGAAGGAGGAGAUAGCAGCCGUGUCGUCGCCGGGGAACCCGACUCCGCCACCACCGCCCAACCUCGUUGCGAACCAACGCCGCCGCCGUCUGCCUGCUCUGUCGCAAACCGAACCAGCCGGCCGAAGCCGUUGUUCUGCGCCGCCGGAAAGCGUCGGACGCCGGUGAAGCCCAAUCCGGCGAGGCCGAAGCCGUUUGACGGCAAUAGGUAAUAAACCAUUUUUUUUUUAUUGCCGUAUGAAGCAAAGAGGAUAUAAUAAAAUUAGAUUCAUUCCUCCAUCUUUAUUAAUUGGCAAAAAAACAGAGAGAAAAAAAAAAUUUAUAUAAAUAAAUGAUCUGUAUGAAUCGCAGUCCGCAAAGGAAAAACAACAACUAUAUAUAUUGUUUCCUUAACGAUUUAUAUAAACGCUGAAAUUAAACAAGGAAUUCAGCAACCCAAAGGAAUAUGAUUGCAGAAAAAGAAAUAACAUAUGCAUCCUCAAUUAUACAACAAUGUAUAGUCAUAUGUAAAAAAAAAAAUUAUGCAAUCAAUUUAAAAAAAACUAGGCAGAGAUUUAACUGAAAUCUGAUACCAACUGUUAGACUUAAUUUAUCACAUAGGAACUUAAUACAUGAUAAUUAGGAUCGUACUUAAAUUACUAACCUUCAAAUUACUAACCUUCAGCCAUAGCUUCCGGUUGAUGAAGAUUGUGUAUUCACGGGACUGUUGCAGAGUAACGGGUAUAGUUUCUCUCACUUUCUCAACCCUCUCUUGAUGGUGUAGAGAAUGAAUGAUCAAGCAGUGAGAGGAUCAAGUGCUCUAUUUAUACUAACCAUAUGCCAUCAAUAUGGUAAUAUAUCCCUUCCCCAAUUAUACUUCCAAUCACCAUUAGUGUUUACCUUAAUUAACAUAAGCUGAUAUGGAAGUAAUGCACCAUAUAAUUAUAUUACCUUAAUUAUUAUAAUUACUACCUAUAUUAUAAUAAUGUAAUAGUGGUAAGUGUUACAUUUGGUACUAUAAAUCUCCUACAUCGUGCUGUUGAUGUUCCUAUUCUCGAGAAUAUGUCAUUUCUCAGCUGUCAAAAUAUAUUUUAUUUUAACAUUACUGCUCGAAAGUUGUGUGGUUUAACAAUCAAAUGUUGCUCCUCUAAUGUCCCUGACAAAUUUCUCCGAGUAAACUUGGGCUUGAAAUCUAUUGUGACUUUUGAAUUGGAAGGUUCUCUCCAGGUAUUUAGCUGGAUAUUUUUCAUUGGAUUAUUAUUUAUUUAUAACUUUUUUUUAGGAACUGAUGUUUCUUUCUUUAUUUUGAUUUUGAAGGAAUUUGAUAAAGAGUUCACUAAGUUGGGAUUUCAACUAAAUGUGGAAUACCUUAAGCUGUCAUGUUUCUCUUACAAAAGUGAUGUUAUAAGUUCUGCAUUAGUUCCUUUGUUGCGAUUAUGCCCGAAGUUAUGCAAACUCGAGAUAAAUUUAUCACAGCUUGAGGUGGUGACAUUUGAUUGUGUCGACGCAUGGUUGAAACUUUUGGAAAGACUUCAUUCCGCAACUCAAACAAAUAAGAUGCUUCAAGCUUUGAAGGUUACCUCAUUUACAGGGUCAAAAAUUGAACUCCUUUUCAUUGCAAAGCUACUUGCGAGCUUUUCAACACUCAAGAAGGUUGUCAUUGUUCAUAAGUAUUAGUGCAACAAGGAGGAGGAUAUAAUUACAAAGGAGCUUUUGCAUUUUCUUGGUACCUCAGCAGAAAUUAUUUUUGUUUAAUGGGUAUAUAUGUUUGAAAGUAUUUUUGUUUAAUGGGUAUGCUUCAAAUUAUUUUUGUCUACUGGUAUGUUUGAAAUUAUUUUUGUUCAAUAGGGGUGGGUAUGUUUCCAUGGAAUGUACUAGUACAUAGUACUAUGUGUCUUGACUUUUGAGUGAUACCAAAUGAAUGGAAGGUGUUUUGUGUAAUAUAAAUAAUUAUUUGUAUAAUACCGUUAUUGUGAUAUUA